CUGGUUGAGUGGCUACCUGGUCAGGUGUCUCUAUCUGGUUGGGUGACCCUAAUUGGUCAGGUGACCAUACCCGGUCAGGUGACCAACCCCGGAACUCUCUCUCUGACUCACACCCCUGGUCCAGUGCCUGGCUGGAAGCAGCCGGGCCUCCAUCCACAGGAGCUCCGCAGCUUUCUGCAGAAGCUCCGUCCGGAGGAGCUCCUCUCCCCGGCCCCCAGAGCUACGCUCCCCGGCCCCCGGAGCUACUCUCCCCGGCCCCCAGAGCUACGCUCCCCGGCCCCCGGAGCUCCUCUCCCCGGCCCCCGAAACUACUCUCCCCCGCCCUUCGGAGCUACUCUCCCCGGCCCCCCGGAGCUACUCUCCCCGGCCCCCCGGAGCUUCUCUCCCCGGCCCUUUGGAGCUACUCUCCCCGGCCCUUUGGAGCUACUCUCCCCGGCCCUUUGGAGCUACUCUCCCCGGCCCUCAGGAGCUACUCUCCCCGGCCCGCGGGGCGGCUCCGCUCCACUCCGCUCCGACUCCCGGAACUCACCGCGGCUGCUGGCCGCCCCCCCCAGCAGGAGGCAGGCGGACAGGAGGGCCCACAUGGCGGAGGUCCGGCGGCAGGUCCUCAACAGACGGCGGGGCGGGAGGCGGCCGUGGCCCGGCCUCGGCCCGAACAGGUCCAGGGAGCUCCGGGGUUUGCUUCCAUGUAGUCUCCUUCGCCUCUGGUUGCCUUCUUCUUCUUCUCCUCUAAAACGUGAAGACAGCUGGAACCCACAGUCGCUUUGCUGCCCCCUGCUGGACUCUCCCUCCAUCGCCAGUCCCCUGCACAAUGUCUCACAGUGGCCCAACAACAGGGGUCCUCUGAGGCUGGCCCUGCCCAUGUGGGUCACACUGGACCUGGACCAGGCCUGGGUCCACCUGUCCCUCCUCUCCAGUCCCCCAGCUGCUCCGGGCUGGACGUCUGGGCAGCAGCUGGAUGGGGAUACAACGCUGACCUGGUGGUUGAUCUCCUCCGGGGGCGUCAACUUCUGCAUGGCUAAAAGCAUGGUGGAACUGGGGGGGGCCAGCAGAAACUGGGGAGGAAACAGAGACUGGGAGGACCGCUACAAGCACGCCUGCUGCAGCUGGGGGGCCGAGCUCUACGUCCUGGGGGGCAGAGACACCCGCAGCCUCAGGGACUUCUGGAAGUACAGUGUGGGUAAGCAGCAGGGGACACGACACACACCCCCCAGUCCCCGGCUCAGUCAGCAGGACUUGGGGCUCCUCAGGACCCCAAACCAGACCCCCAGUCAGGCCACAGACCCUUUCCAGGGCUGGGGGUCUGGGGCCGGCUUGCUGGGGGGUCACAUGACCGUGCUGUGUGUUUCAGUGAGGGGGGAGUGGACGGAGCUGAGCUGCCGGGGGGAGGCGGCCCCAGAGGAGCUGGAGGAGCACUCUAUGGUGGCCCAUGAGGUACGACCCCCCCGCGUCCAGGUCUGGGGCUCCGGCUCUGACCCCCCCCCCCCCUGCCUGACCCUCCAGGGCCUGCUGUACGUGUUCGGGGGCAUGCUGGACUCGGCCUACACCCCCAGCCGCUGCGCCCUGUGGCUGUUUGACACCGGUGAGUCCGGGCUGAGCCUCUGUCAGCACAGCCCCUAA